AUGAUGAAAGCUUCAGGGAUCUGUGAUUUUAAAGGAGUUGCUACGGUUACAUCUACUGAUCCAAACACUCGGACACAACACAACGGCGUUGGCUCCUUCAGCGAACUCCACAACCUCUGGAUGCUUCCCACACCCUCAAGCUUCUUUCGUUAA